GUCUGUGCCACAGACGGUCGUACCUACAAGAACCAAUGUGAACUUUGCAAACAUAACCUGGAAUUUGGUAAAAAUGUUGGCAGGAAGUAUACUAGGAGAUGCGUUCGGACCAUCAUUCCUUCCAUGACCAUGGGGACAUUUGUUGUCUUUGUUCUAGCACUUUGGUGCUUCUCAGGUGUCAUCAGUCAAGAUGCAGGCGAGAUUGAUUGCAAUUCUUUUAUGGUUGCGAAAGGCAGAAUUAGGCCCUGUAAUAGAAUGUACAAACCACUGUGUGGAACAGAUGACAAAACAUAUACCAACGAAUGCGAAUUUUGUAGGAAGAGAGUGGAAUCCGGAGUAAAUAUUGCUAAGAAACAUGACAACCAAUGUAUUUCGGAUUUCUGCCGACGAUUUUCUUCACACCCAGGAAUGUGUACAAUGAACUAUAACCCUCAAUGCGGUUCUGAUAACAAAACAUAUGGUAACGAAUGCACUUUCUGCAGCUCAGCCUUGAAGAGCAGAGGCACUUUAUUCCUCAAGCAUGGGGGGAAAUGCAAGGAGGAGUAAACACAGGUCUUCUUUGUUUUAUUUCCAGAAAACAGAUAUUGCAUCAGGAGAUGCAAUCCAGCAUUAAAAAAUUCGUUUAAAGCA